AUGCCGGAGGCUACUGAAGCUAAUCCUGGAGACUUUAAGCUGCUAGAAGUCCGGCAGCACAGAAGCCCCGCCCUGGGCCGAGACGCCCGCGGCCCGCCCCGAGUCACCCCACGCAAGCGGCGGAGGCGGCGGCUGCUGGGAGGGCGCUUCGCUGCCCGGCAGGCCGCAGAGCCCGGCUCGGGGCCCGGAGGGAGCGAGCCCGGGGUGGGUUCUCCCGCAGCUGGGCGGGGCGGAAGCUACCGGGGGCCCGAGCCCCCGCCAACUGACCAGGGCCGGAUCCACCCCGGGGCUGCAGUCGCCCGAACCGGAGCCAGCCCCACCCCCACACCGGCCCCAGGGGGGCUUGGGCAGCCCCCGCAGGCCGCCAUUCCGUUACCUUGGCUGCCGCCACCGCGCGCCGCUUGCGUCCGCCAGGGGGGCGUGGUUUGCAGCAGCCGUAAAGCCGUAGAGGCGCCCGCCUGCGGCGGGGUCGUCUGCGCAUGCGCCAGGCCGGGGCCCGCGUCGCGCGCUGUGCUCCGCGGCCUGCGCGUGCGGCCGGGCUGCCCCUCGCGUCUCAGCCGGCAACGAGGCGGACGCCGCCGCCGGCGGUGCCUCAUGGGCCUGCCGGGCGUGCGGCCUGCAGGAGGCCCAGGGCAAGCUGGCCCCUCCGAAACCUUGCCCUCGAACGAGCCCCGCACGCCGCGGCCCCUGUGCCCGCAGCCUGGGGCGGUGCCGGCGAGAGGGCGCCGCGGAGACGGGGGUGGGGAGCCCGCCUGGACGCGGCAGGUCGGCUCGGGAGGGCAGCCCUUGGUUCGAGGCGGGUGGCAGCGCCCUACGUCCGCGGGCCCCCUGAACCAGGCUCCCCGUGGGCCCGCCUGCGUCUCGCGCUGCUCAGGGGGUCGGGGGACGGGGACAGAAGGUCUGGGGUUUUUUACCCGCGGAAGCGUGUCAGGGCGUGGCUGCGCCGGCGAGUCAGAGCGCGUGGAAGCAGCGCCGGGCGCCCGGACUCAGGCCGCGUCCCCCCCGGCAAGGCCCCGCCGAGCGCCCGGACUCUGCGGCUGGAGCGCGCCUGCUAAUUCCCCCGGCGAGAGGCAUAACACGUGCUGCGUCCCGGCUGGAGCCCCGCGGCGCCGGUGUGGAGGCCCUGGUCGGUUAACGCGCUCUGAGCAGCCUCCAGAAGCGUCCCACGCUGCCUGUUCUAGCCACUCUGGUCAUCACGUUGAACUCCUCUGCCCUGCCCUCAGAUGCAACCUUGAGAUCUCAGCUGUCUGUGUUAUCACUGGCCAAAAGACUCCAAAGAAUUAA